AAGCGUCGACUGCACCAGAAAGAGCAAAAAAACGUUUAUCGGAGGUAACACCACAGGAGAGAGCGCCGACAGCUGAUAAUGAUGGAAUCUAUCAUUUCAUGAAGAAGAAAUCAAGACACCCAAGCAAUGAUUCAACUAACGCUUCCAGUUGUCAUGAAGAAUCAAAAAACAAUCAUGCCAUUGCUGCCCUGAUUAGGGACUUGAAGAAAAAUGAAAAUCUCAUUGUCCUUCAAGAAACCAACAUACACGUGAACACCACAAACGCAGCGAUCAACAAUUCAUCCCUGUACGCUUAUUCCGAAUCUAAUUAUGACUGCUAUGAAGAUAACAACUGCUUUGAAAAUAAUUCCAGAUUCUCCAGGUUAUUGACUUCAACAAAAAAAAGGAGUCGUUUUGAUCAUUUUACAGCUUUUAAGCGAUAUACAUUUAGUUAA